AUGGAGAAAAAGAUGUACAACAUUCUUGCAUAUGCAUUCCUGAUCAGCAUAACCUUACAAGUCCCUUGUUUAGCCAAAACGAACCUUGCUACUGAUCAAACUGUGCUUUUUUCACUGAAGCAACACAUCACAUCCGACCCUUCUCGUAUGCUUGCAACAAACUGGAACGUUUCGAGCUCCGUAUGCAGCUGGAUCGGCAUCACUUGCAGCUCUCGCCACCACAGAGUAGCCGCGUUGAAUCUGUCCGGCAUGAGCCUCUCUGGCAGCAUUCCGCCACAGCUUGGACAGUUAUCCUUCCUCGUCUCCCUCGACCUCACCAGCAACUUCUUCACUGGUUUGCUCCCUCCUGAGCUGUCUUCCCUUCACCGGUUGAAAUUCAUCUCUCUCCGGCUUAACAACUUCACUGGAGAAAUUCCUCCUCUCUUUGGCCAUCUACCAAAGCUUGAAAACUUGAAUCUACGCAACAACAGCUUCGUAGGUUCCAUCCCAAAAUCUCUCUCAAACCUCACAGCCCUGCAGUUUCUUGACUUAACUUCCAACUCUUUGAGUGGAGAGAUUCCAAAAGAGCUGGGGAAACUUCAAAGUUUACGAAGGCUGGAGAUCGAAUUGAAUUAUCUCUCCGGUUCUAUACCGUCAGAGAUUUUCAACAUAUCGAAUCUAGAGAUUAUAAGCUUGGCAGACAAUGAGCUUAUUGGAAGUCUUCCAACAGACACGUGCAGUAAACUUCCAUUUCUCUGGUGGCUUUAUCUUCCUGGGAAUCAGCUGAGUGGCGGGAUUCCGACAAAUCUAUCCCAAUGUUCACAACUGCAGCAAUUAACCCUCACCGAGAACUCUUUUAGUGGGAGCAUACCUGCAGAAAUCGGCUACUUAGCAUCUCUUAAGAGCUUAGCUCUUGGCAGUAACCGUCUAACAGGUACAGUACCACAUGAGAUUGGCAAUCUUCAGAAGCUGGGUGUUUUUGCUGCUGAACUCAAUCAGAUUGGGGGGUCAUUUCCUUUAAAUAUGUUCAUGAAUAUGUCUUCUUUGCAAGGCAUAAGACUAUGGAGCAACAGGUUCACAGGGAAUGUUUCAAGGGAUGUCGGGAAUCUUACAAAGGUGACCUGGUUCGACCUCACUGAAAACCGCAUGACAGGGGUUAUUCCCACUGAAUUUGGCCAACUUUACCAACUGCAGCUAUUGAGAUUAAGUAUAAACAGCUUCAGUGGUUCGCUUCCACAUGAGCUCUUCAACAUUUCAACUCUGCAUACUCUUUCACUUGCAUUCAAUGAUCUGUUUGGAGUUCUUCCAACCUAUUUAUGUCGCGCCUCUCCCAAUCUUGGACGACUUUAUCUUGGCGCAAAUUCCAUCACUGGACCCAUACCAAACUCCAUCUAUAACUGUUCUCAUCUCAGGAUCAUCACAUUGGCUGAAAACAAACUGAGUGGUUGUAUACCUACUGAUCUCGGCAACCUUAGAAAUCUCCAACGCCUUGAAUUGUACAACAACAAUCUUACAAAUGCACCCUCCUCUUCAAACUUGGGCUUCAUUGCAUCCUUGUCAAAUUGCAGGUCUUUAACUCAUUUGUCUGUUGGUAUUAAUCCCCUAUACGGCGCCAUUCCCCCUUCUGUCGGAAAUUUAACUUCCUCGCUCCAACUUUUCUCCGUCGGAAGUAGUAAAUUAAAUGGCAGCAUUCCUGUUCAAAUAGGCUAUUUAAGAAGCUUGGUCACCUUGGAUUUACAGGACAAUGAGUUAUCUGGUAAUAUUCCAUUCUCUAUCAAAUACUUGCAUGACCUUCAAGGGCUAUAUCUUGGUGCUAACAUCUUGCAAGGCCCCUUUCCAGAGGCUAUAUGUGAUUCAUACAACCUCAUUUAUAUAGAUAUUAGCCGAAAUCAAUUUUCAGGUCCGAUUCCUGAGUGUUUGGAAACCUGUCUUCUUUAA